AUGAACAACAGAAACUCUACCAUGUUUUCUUCCUGGGUCACAGGAACUCCGUCACAAACGUAUUCUAAUUUCACCACAUCAUGGUACACACCGACUCUCAAUGUUACCGCACUCGUCACUUCUACGGUGACGUAUAACUCCACCGUUGCAUCAAUCGUCUCGGAGCGGCAGAAGUAUUGUUGGCUCACUGGCAGCCAAUGGGACGUUCCCGAGGACGACUAUCCAGACGGCUGCCAGUCUCUUCUCGAUGAGUACUGCUUCGUAUCGUCUGUUGAUGGGCCCAUACCUACAUCGUCAGCUCAUAUUCCGGCCGUAUGCACACUCACAGAAACUGAUUAUAUGCCGGCCGCAAUCAUCUCAAGCUCUGUGUUCACUGUGACGCCCACAACGCUAAGCACACUCAGAACAUGA